AUGGACAUUAGCACCUUGAGCCCUGCGGUCACCGCCUCAGAUUCACCCAUACCAUCCUAUGAGCGCAUUCGCAAUGCGGCUGACAUCUCAGUCAUUGUCAUCUACUUCGUGGUGGUCAUGGCUGUCGGACUGUGGGCAAUGUUCUCCACUAACCGGGGGACGGUUGGAGGCUUCUUCCUGGCGGGCCGAAGUAUGGUAUGGUGGCCGAUCGGAGCCUCUCUCUUUGCCAGCAACAUUGGAAGUGGCCACUUUGUGGGGCUGGCAGGGACGGGAGCAGCCUCAGGCAUCGCCAUGGGUGGUUCUGAAUGGAUCGCCUUGAUUUUUGUGGUUGUGCUGGGCUGGGUGUUUGUCCCCAUUUACAUCAAGGCUGGGGUGGUGACCAUGCCAGAGUACCUGCGGAAGCGGUUUGGAGGCAAGCGGAUCCAGAUCUACCUUUCCGUUCUGUCCUUGUUGCUGUACAUUUUAACCAAGAUCUCAGCAGACAUCUUCUCUGGAGCUCUGUUCAUCAAUCUAGCCUUGGGCCUGGACAUCUACCUGGCCAUCUUUAUCCUACUAGCAAUCACCGCCCUUUAUACAAUCACAGGGGGCCUGGCAGCGGUGAUUUACACGGACACCUUGCAGACAGCAAUCAUGCUCGUGGGGUCUUGUAUCCUGACUGGAUUUGCCUUCACUGAAGUGGGAGGAUAUGAUGCCUUCGUGGAGAAGUACAUGAAUGCUAUCCCAACUGUGGUUUCUGAUGGAAACCUGACCAUCAAGGAAGAAUGUUACACUCCCAGGGCCGACUCUUUCCACAUAUUCAGAGAUCCUAUCACAGGAGACAUUCCAUGGCCUGGGCUCAUCUUUGGCCUGGCCAUCCUCACCCUGUGGUACUGGUGCACAGACCAGGUCAUCGUGCAGCGCUGCCUCUCAGCUAAGAACAUGUCUCACGUGAAGGCUGGCUGUAUCCUGUGCGGCUAUCUGAAGCUGUUGCCCAUGUUCCUCAUGAUCAUGACAGGGAUGGUCAGCCGGAUUUUAUACACAGACAAGAUCGCCUGUGUCGUCCCCUCGGAAUGUCAGAAGUACUGUGGCACCUCAGUUGGCUGUAGCAACAUCGCCUACCCAACCUUGGUGGUGGAGCUCAUGCCUAAUGGACUGCGAGGCCUGAUGCUGUCAGUCAUGAUGGCCUCCCUCAUGAGCUCUUUGACCUCCAUCUUCAACAGCGCCAGCACCCUCUUUACCAUGGACGUCUACACCAAGAUCCGGAAGGGAGCAUCCGAGAAGGAGCUCAUGAUUGCAGGAAGGUUGUUCAUCCUUGUGCUGAUCGGCAUCAGCAUCGCCUGGGUACCUAUCGUGCAGUCGGCUCAGAGUGGACAGCUCUUUGACUACAUCCAGUCCAUCACCAGUUACUUGGGGCCACCCAUCGCAGCUGUCUUCCUGCUUGCUGUUUUCUGCAAGAGAGUCAAUGAACCGGGAGCCUUCUGGGGACUGAUUCUAGGUCUUUUGAUAGGACUCUCCCGAAUGAUUACUGAGUUUGCCUAUGGAACCGGGAGCUGCAUGGAGCCUAGCAACUGCCCCACCAUCAUCUGUGGGGUGCACUAUCUGUACUUUGCCAUCAUCCUCUUUACUAUCACUCUUAUCGUUGUCUUGGCCAUCUCCUUCCUCACCAAGCCCAUUCCAGAUGUGCACCUGUACCGUCUGUGUUGGAGUCUUCGCGACAGCAAGGAAGAACGGAUCGACCUGGAUGCAGGAGAUGAGGACUUCCAGGAGGACCCCAAGGAUACGAUUGAGAUAGAAACAGAAGCUCCCCAAAAGGAGAAAGGAUGCUUCAGGAAGGCAUAUGACCUGUUCUGUGGACUGGACCAGGAGAAAGGACCAAAGCUGACUAAGGAAGAGGAGGAAGCCUUGAAGAUGAAGAUGACAGACACUUCUGAGAAGCCUUUGUGGAGGACAGUGGUGAACAUCAACGGCAUCAUCCUGUUGGCUGUGGCUGUCUUUUGCUAUGCCUAUUUUGCUUGA